GUUAAAAUGUAUCAAUAUUAGUUAUUUGUCUAGGUUGAACGCACAGCCGGUAUUUUAACUUCCUGAUUUUUGUUGCAGUUGCAAGGUAUGAAUUGAUCCAAUAUCAAAUUAUGUCAUUAUCAAAGUUUUCUAAUCUAUUUCUUGACGAUUUACCAAUCCAUCGAUUUUGUAUGUUUUUUGUAUUGUUUACAUGAAAUAUAUUCGAUUUUAUAAACCAGCUACAAAUGAUUUAAAUGUGUAUUUACAAGACAUCAUCAAUCAACUUUUACAUAUUAAAGAACCUGAAGAUCCAGUAAAUGUUAAACUAUUCCUAUCAAAAUAUUUUGAGCAUGUUGUAAAUGGGACACAUACUAUUCAUAGAGAAUUUAAAUAUAUAUCAGCUAUUCCCUAUAAUCGUAUAACAUUUUUAUUUAAUUUAUGGAAUGCUUUCAUGCCACUGAAAGAUAAAGAUUUCACUAUUGAAGAAUUUUACACAAUUGUCCAAUUAUUUUGUUUCGAUUUUCCUGGUGAAAUACUCUCUCAUUGUCAAAAAACUUUGAAUAUAGUACACAACUCUACAAUAGUUUACCCUUACAAAGAUUUGUUUUGUAUAUUUCAAUUUCAUUUCUACUUUGAAGUUAUGUUUCAUCGUUUUCAUUUUAUUUUCUUAAAUUAUUGUAGAAUUUGUAAAUGCUUUAAUUAGUGAACUUACUAAAACUGAGUCAGUUGUGUUGACUAAUAAACAAAAGGGUCAAUCCGAGUUAGUCGGUGAAUCAGACAUUUCCAGUGGAGACGGUAAAUGUUCACAUAAAUCAGUGGCAUCUGAAUGUUGUUUUAAGAUGAACAUAUUAGUUGACUUACCAAAUAAAUAUGUGGACUCAAUAGAAUUUCUUAAUUUUACACGUGGGUUGUAUAAAGAAUCAACUUUAUUAUUACCGCCGAAAUUAGUGAUGCAUAAAUGUGCUAAAACAUAUCUAUUUCACUCAGAAUUUAAUCUAUAUGGUUUAUUCACAUCAUUGGCAACAGAUCACUUAUUAAUAAAAGAGAUAGGUAAAUUAGUAUGAAUAAGUUUAACUUUUUUUGUAAUUCUUAACUUUUCAGUGCCACUGAAUACAAUCCUCAGUAAUAUUUGAAUUGUAUCUAGGAGUGGUCAACUCAUUUUGCUCUGUUUUUAGGACUUGUCAGCUGUUUGUCAAUACUUAUAUUGAUACUUACUUUACUUACUUACGCCUGUUACUCCCAAUGGAGCAUAGGCCGCUGAUCAGCAUUCUCCAACCCACUCUGUCCUGGGCCUUCUUUUCUAGUUCCAUCCAAUUCUUGUUCAUUUUUCUCAUGUCUAUCUCCAUUUCUCGGCGUAAUGUGUUCUUUGGUCUUCCUCUUUUCCUUUGGCCUUGAGGAUUCCAUGUGAGGGCUUGUCUUGUAACGCAGUUGGGUGCUUUCCUCAAUGUGUGUCCUAUCCACUUCCAGCGCUUCUUCCUGAUUUCUUCCUCCGCUGGGAUCUGGUUUGUUCUCUCCCACAGUACGUUGUUGCUAAUAGUGUCCGGCCAAUGGAUCUGAAGUAUUUUGCGUAGACAAUUGUUAAUAAACACCUGUAUUUUCUGGAUGAUGGCUUUCGUAGUUCUCCAGGUUUCUGCCCCAUACAGUAGAACUGUCUUGACAUUUGUAUUGAAAAUCCUGACCUUGGUGUUGGUUGACAGUUGUUUUGAGUUCCAGAUGUUCCUCAGUUGUAAAUAUGCUGCUCUUGCUUUGCCGAUCCGCGCCUUCACAUCUGCAUCAGAUCCACCCUGUUCAUCAAUGAUGCUGCCCAAAUAUGUAAAGGCUUUUACAUCUUCCAAAUCUUCUCCAUCACUUGUGAUUGGAUUGGUGCAUUCUGUGUUGUAUCGGAGAAUCCUGCUUUUCCCUUUGUGUAUAUUGAGACCCACUGCUGCUGAUACUUGAACCUAAUUCUUAUCUCUUCAAAUACUAAUGCGUUAUCGUCUAAGCUAAUGAGCUCAUAUAGCCAUUUCUAGAUGUUCGUAUUUAGGACUGCAGUUGCUUGAUCUCUGUUGGCAUGUAUACAUAUUCAAUAAAUAUUUAUAUUAUUGCCUUUUAGUUGUUGGGUUCGAUUAUAAUCAUGAUUAUUAUUCACUUUGUAUGAAUGGUCUAAUACUAAAUAUAUGUUGACACUAAAUUAUGUACAUUGUAUUUAAAGUAAAUAAUUAAUUCUUUUAUAUUCCUUCUCAUAUGGUCAUUUAGUUCUUGUUGUAUAAAUACAUAGAUUUAAAUUAUGUGGGUGAGUUGUGUAUACUCUGGAAUAAGUGUACUUCAAUGAAUACUGGAUAACAAAAAUGAAUAUGUUUUUUUUUUUAAAAAAAAGUGUACUUUGGUACUUAUUUCGGUUUUAUAACACUAUAACUAUGACAAUGAUUAUUAUAUCGGUAAUUUAUGUUAAAGCAAAGUAUUAAGUAUCACUUACUAUAUUCUUACUGUUAAAUAUGAACUAAUUAACCUGCUAUUAUUUCCCUCAAUUCUGAUCAUGGUAUUUUUAAAUGAAGCAUUUGAAUUGUACAGAUAAUUUUCACCACAAAUUAGUUCUAACUAGAGGACUAUAAAAAAAAAGUAGUGUCACACAACUAUUUUAUCUAAGUUAACAGUUUCUCAAUAGCACGAUUCUAAGCUUUAGAAGGAUCAAAUAAACAAUGGUAAUAUUUUUGGACGUAAAAGAUAAAUUGUUUUAUUAGAUUAUUAUACUUUGUGUCAACUAGCAUGUUUUGCUAAUAUUGAACAACUGAAACAAAAGUGGUUGGAGACUUAAUAGGAAAUAGUUUUAUACCAAUCUCAAAGGGUAAAGAUUUAUCAUACUGUAAAGUGUCAGGACUAUCAUAUUUUUCUCAGUGCUUAAUAAAAAUAUGAAACUCAGCAUUCUUUAGCACUUUUCAUGACAGUGUUGCAUAUAAGGGAUUGCUUCUCACUUGGGGUUUCAUCUCAGUCAUCUAAAGCUGUUGACAUGUGUCUUUUGUAGACACACUACGGUAGCACAUCCAAAGUUGUCGGGUGAACAAAGCAAAUAAAGUGGAAGCUAGGGAUUAAAAGGAAACCCUCGGUGAAAAUUAUACUUUUUUAUGUAGCAUUCACUCACUAAAUGAACGGAGAAAUAAUAAAUAUUGCAUACGAAUUGAACAUUGAAAAAUAGGUGCCCCACAAAUUCACGGAUAUAUAUCCUAUCUCAUUAUUUAUAUAAUUUUAGUUGCUAAUCUCCCUCUAUCCCUUCUGAUUAUUCAGUGUACCGAUUUUCAAUGACGAAACUGUUUCACCAAACGCUACAUUUCUAUAGAAUAUACACUGAAUCAUUUUCGAUCAAUCAACGAGUAGAGUUAACUGGGCUUUUAUUAUAUGUAAACCUUUAUCAUCUUCAGUUGUAGCUAUGGUAACCUAGUAACUUAGUGAAUGAUACUGUUAUUUAAUGUGAUACGUAUUGUGUUCUAGUUUCACUGUGAAUUUUAACUUUUGGUUCUAGGUAAAUCCAAUGAGUUUUAAAUACUGAUAAAUGCGCUUUCUGGAUUCCACUUCUAGCUAUUAUACAAAACGUAAUCUUAAUGUAUUAAAAUAUUAUGAAACUUGGAUCGUUUACCAUCCUUUGUACUGUUAGUGAUAAUAUUUAAUCCAUUUUGACAAACUUUAUAGUACUGUCAAAUUAUAUUUAAAUUGUUCCAGCUUACUCUUUAAGGCUCAAUUUUAUUACAAGGUAGCUUAGUUUAGUAGGUAUUAAUGAUACAAAUUUUUUCCUCUUUUAAUCUCUCUUCAUUGAGUAGAGACGUAAACACGUGGUGUUUACUGACUUGAUUUAAUUUGCUUCCGUAAACAGUAAUUUUGUUUCAAGGUGGCAUACGAUUGUGUAACUAAAAAAAUAAACCAAAUCAAUUAGUUUGUAAAUAUAAAUAAGUCCAAUUUUGGCAUUCACUAAUUUAUUCCUUUUUUUACUUAAACAGAUGUUAAUUUAUAGUAGUUAUUUAUUAUCAGAAUGGGAAUUUUUGGAGAUUGUAAUAAUUUGAAUAGUUGAAUUCAUGAGUCAAUCUAAGUUAGAACACCAUUGAAAACCUGGAAGUUCUAGUAUAGAACUCAACAGUGCGCAUCCACGAUCCCGCGCGCGGGACUCGAACCCAGGACCUUCGAUUUUCUGCACGAACGCUUAACCUCUAAACCAGUGAGUCGACAUUCAAUUGGGUUGAUGUCUAACUUCAAUCGACCCAUGAUCUUGCGCAACACUUUACUCAUUGUCUGAGGUCGAUAAAUGUCUCCACUCGACACGUAUUGGACUCCAGUGGUCACGGCUUUUCACUGGAUUACCAGGAAAUCCAUCUUGAAGCUAGUCACUAGUGAGCACCGCAUGCGAGACCGAAAGCCCUGGGUUAGAGUCCCACGUGAGAGAUCGUGGGUACGGACUGGUGAGGAGUUCCAUACCAGGGCGAAACGGCCGUCCAGUGCUUCCAGGCUUUCAAUUGUGUUCUAGCUUAGAUUGACUUGUGAAUUCAACUAUUAAAGAUAUUUAUUGUCUGAUGAAAUAAAAUCGCACUGAAAUGGUGAAACGUCCCUGUAUUCCCUAAAGUUUUGGAGAUGUUGUAUUCUCUGAGCUAGAUUGUUUAAUUGUGAGGCUUUCAUUGUCUAUCUAGACAACAUCUUUGGCAUAUACUUCAGAAAGAAGUGAGCUAUCAGGAUUUUUUUCAUAUUUGACUAACUUGUCGUUUUCAUCUGGAAUUUAAGUGGUUGUUGUCCGAAUUUGUAUGACAGUCAUUUACUUCAUUCAUACAUGAAUAAAUAUACAAAUAGAAAUCAACUCAGUAUAUCAGCUAGUGAGAAAAAAAGGUCAACAAGUUCAGUGAUCAGGUCAGGGUAGAAGACACUCCGAACAACAGUCGUAUGACCACAGAUAACAGUCAAUUAACAUCUAAGUCAUCGAGCAGAGAAUUGUAAUAGCUCACUUUAUGAGAUAUAUAUGAUAUUGUAUAGAAGGACAGUAGAAGCCCCACAAAGAAUACAAAUAUCUAGAAUCCUCACUUUCAGAUACAAAUAUUCUCCAUUAUCCACCGGGAAUAUUGUAAAUAUACUAGACACUAUGUUCACUGUUCAAUUUAAAUGAUAUUAUCAAAAUGGAUUUUUGAUGUCGAUUACUUUUACUAGUUUUUUUUAAUCUUCCUUAUGUUUUUUUUCCUUGUAGGGUUUCCUCAAGUCCAUGGUUCAUAAUGAUCGGAUCAGGAAACAGACGAGCUUGAUUAAUAUGAUAGGUUUAUAAAAAUACAAUAAUUUUAUGUAUUCAACAUUUAUAAAUAGAAUCACAUAUAUUUAUCAUGUAAUCAAUUAAGAUAAUAUAUAAAUUAAUGCACAGGUUUCAUUUUCUUCCUCCCUGUAUUUUUUAGCUUGAUUAUUUGUAUGAUCCGAAUGUAUAAUUUGGGAUUUAUACUUAUGCUGUUGUCAAUAUUCAAUUCUGAAUGAUGUUUAGAUGUUAGACGUCGUUGGAGCUAGUCAUCAGGAUACCUAUGAUUCUGCUUUCUUGUUAGUUAGCACUCAUUAUAAGGUUAUGCCUUGUUGACAACUAGCGUGAAACCUAGGUCUGAGGUUUUUAAGUCAAUCACGUAGCAUAUAAACUGAGUGGACUAAAUGUCAAGUUACUUCAACCAGUGAGCACAUUGUAAUUUGACCUAUAGAAUUCAAUCAGUAAUAGAAGGACUUGAAAAACAUGACAGAUUGGUCACUACUCAGUGGUCAAACAAUUGUAAAUAUCUGAGUCAUACAGAAGGUUAGUUACGACUCGAAUAACUCAGUGGUAAUGCCUUAGACUAUAAAGCUGAGUAACACAAAAUCGAAUCCAUCAGGGAGCACCAGCCUAAAGGUACACCAUGCUGAAACCUAGAUUCAGGAUUAUCUCUAACAUAUAAUGGGAUGUAUAUUUUUGUUUUGCUUGUAAAAAAAGAGCUACUGAAAACAACAGGACAAAUAACACUUCCAAUCUAAUUUCCAAAAAUAACAAUUAAAAAAUAUAUACUAUUAGUAGCAAUGAUUUAGUUAUACAAACUUUGGGUUUAAGCUUAAACAUCAGUGUACAUUGUAAUAACAAGUUAGUUAUGGAUAUCAAGGGAAGAGAAAAAUGAAACGAGAGAAUAGUUAAAUUUAUAUCAAAUGAAAUAACUUCAUUUAUAAAUAAAUAAUAUCUUUGUAAUAUCCCAAUGAGUAGAAAAUUAGAUUUUCUGACGUUUCGUAACUUAGUGUGAGUCACUUCUUCAGAGAGUAAAUAACCAACUUAACAAUCUACCCAAUGCUCAAUUUAUUUGAAACCUCAUUUAUAAUUUAUUUUUAAAGGAGAAAAAAAUUCCAAAAGGAAAAAGAACAACCUGAACCGUUUAAUUCUGAAUUAUGUAAGAGAAUGAUCAAUCACAACGACAUUUUUUUAAGUUUUUUAAUUUUAAUAAAUGGAUACUCAUACAUAUAGUACUUGUGAAUGUGUUUGUGUGUGUGUGUAUCUAUGUGCAUUUGUGUAAUGAUAAAUGAAAUGAAAUUAUAUACAACUAGUGUGAUGUCAUAUUAAACGUCAUCUAAAAAGUCGACUUACUUACUUAUGAAAAGAUUAAUGUUUACUAUGUGUUUAAUUGACACUUAACAAUAAUAAUAAUAAUAAUAACAAUAAUAAUAGUAAUAAUAAUAAUAAGUAUUAAUUAUGUUUGUUAAUAUAAAAUACAGAGAUUGUAUUUUGUUAAAUGUAUACGUAUAUAAUUUUUAUAUAUAUUUCAUCAAGUGAAUUGUAUAUUUGAACUAUUAUUUAGAAAUGAAUUAAUACACACACUUACACACAAUUAUUGCGUAAUCAUUUCAAACUAAAUUGAAUUAUCAGUUUAUGGGUUGUGGAGAUUGUUACGUUUUCGAUUGAGAUCAUGAACCGAUUGAUGUUAGACCAACAUUGAAAACCUGGG